GAGCCUCUCGCAGGUGCCUCGGCGGUGGCCCGGUGUCAUUUCCUCCUCCCGCUGCACCGGGCCCCACCGCGGGGGAGGCGGGAGGUCGCGGCCAUGGAGUGCCCGGGGGAGAGUGCUGAGGGGAAGAAAGUUCAUCUGUAUCGGGACGAGAAGAGAGGAAUGGACAUGGGUAACCAACACCCAUCCAUAAAACGGUUACAUGAAAUACAGAAAGAAGUCAAAGAGAUUGAACAGCAAGUGGCUGUCUUCUGUGGUCUGUCUACCGACCGAGAUUAUAAGAAAUUGGAAAGGAGCCUUACUAAGCAGCUUUUUGAAAUAGAUUCCGUCGAUACGGAAGGGAAGGGAGAUAUUCAACAAGCCAGAAAGCGAGCUGCCCAGGAAACUGAGAGGCUGCUGAAGGAACUGGAACAAAAUGCAAACCAUCCACGCAGACUGGAAAUAGAGGCUUUAUUCAAGGAGGCACAGGCGCUUGUAGAACGUGAGGUCACACCUUUUUACGAAGGAGGAAACUGUAUAAGUGACGAAUUUGAAGAAGGAAUUCAGGACAUUGUAUUGAGGCUUACCCAGGUGAAAACUGGAGGGAAAGUUUCUCURCGCAAAGCAAGAUACCGCACUCUGACAAAGGUAUGUGCUGUUCAGGAGAUUAUAGAGAAUGGUGUAAAGCAACAGCUGUCCCUGCCACUCUCUAAUGAUGCACAUCCGUCUGUCUCCAAAAUUAACUCUGUAAUGUGCGAGGUGAACAAAGCCAGAGGAACUCUUAUUGCACUUYUGAUGGGAGUGAGUAGUAAUGAUACCUGCAAGCAUCUGUCCUGUGUGCUCACAGGCCUCAUUGCUGAUUUGGAYGCUUUAGACGUCUGCGGUCACACGGAAAUAAGAAAUUACAGAAAGGAAGUAGUAGAAGAGAUCAAUAAAUUGCAGAAGUACCUGGACUUAGAUGAAGAAGCAAAUUCUACACACGCUUACGAUUUGGCACAAAAUCAGUCCAUUCUAAAAAUAGAAGAGAUUCGSAAGAAGAUGAAGGAAGUUAAUUCUUUACUUUUAAAAACAGAAAAUGCAUCUGAUUURUAUCUGAGAUCCAAAGCAGAAUURCAGGGAUUAAUUGCCCGCCUAGAUGAAGUGAGUCCAGGAAAAAAUCCUUGUAUUAGAGAGGCCAGAAGAAGAGCAGUAAUUGAAGUUCAAGCUCUUAUAACAUAUAUCGAUUUGAAAGAAGCACUGGAGAAAAGGCAAAUGUACCCAGAGCAAACUGUUGCUGAACAUCAGUCUCAUAGAGCAGUUUGGACUGUUCUUGGAAACUUGUCUCAAAUUCAGCAAGAAGUGCUUUCAUUUGAUGGAAACAGAACAGAUAAAAAUUACAUGAGACUGGAAGAACUUCUUACAAAACAACUUCUAGCCCUGGAUGCUGUUGAUCCRCAAGGUGACGAGCGGUGUAAGGCUGCCAGGAAGCAGGCAGUAAAGCUUGCACARAAUAUUCUUUACUAUCUGGACAUGAAGACAGAUGAAUGGGAAUACUGAAACAGCCAUGACUUGACACAGAAGAACUCUUUUCCCUUUGGCACUUUAUGAAGAUCAUUGGCAGCACAUAAUAAAGUGUUCUGUGCUUGCUGAAAUCAUGGAGAUUGCAUAAGCAGUUGACUUGGCUAUAUGUCUGCUAUCCCACGCAGUCACCCACUUGCCAUGGCAACUGUCAGUACACCAUCAGCAAUUCUGGUCACUGCUCUAAGCAAAGAAGUGCAAUUCUCUGAAGGAAUAGUUUAAUACUUGAUCAAAUAGCUUAUUUUUAUUUCUUUUUUUCUUUCCUGUUUUUGUUUCAAUAGCCUUGUGCAAUGUUCAGUGAAUKCAGGUUUCUCAAAGACAUAGGAACUUAUGGUAUAGUGCUGGCAAAACUAUUUAAGGAGAUUGGACAUAAAAAUUAGUAUUCAGGCAUGAGGCUCCAUCCAGCAACCUCACAGCAGUCUGGAUAUACUCUUAAUGUGCUGUUACGACAUAAAGUACUGAGGGCAAAAAGCCUGCUGGGUUUUGGGUUGUACAUGAUUUAUUCCAUCCAUCAUACCAUUUAGAUUUCUCAGUUAAUGGAGCUGUAAUGCCAGCUGCAAAUUAGCUUUUACAUAGGCAACACCAAUUAUGUCAAUUUUUGUAAUACCUGAGCCCUUUGAUUUGCAAAACCAGGUCUUUUGUUGGUGGAAAUUCUUUCAAGUUAUUGCUUUAAGAUACUGAGACUUGGAGAGGAAAAUCUGUACGUUUAUACCGAACAGAUAAAGGGGAUUUCUGGGAUUUCAAACUGCCAUCCAUAAACCCUUAAAAACUGCACUGAACUUUGUUUAGUGGCUUCUUAGGUAUCUUUUURAACUGCUGUUUUGCAUCUGGUUUUCACAUUUGGUGAGAACAAGCAGAAUUCACUUGGAAGUGAAAUGUGCAUUUUGGAAUUAUUUUUGUACAAUUAGGUAGCCAGCUAUAAAGGUGUCCCUAAUGAUGUAAACGUGUGCUACAUGGUCAGGUGUGGCUUUAAGCAUGUCUUGGAAAAGACUUGUGGCAAAUGUCUCUCUCUGCAACUCAUUCACUUCAUKGUUUUAAUAGCUUCAUAAAUAAGCUUGCUUGUACUAUUGUAGGCACCUACCUUUUUAUUUUUGGCUGCUAGUGCCAAUCACAUUUCUACUAUUAGCAUGGGUUUUGGCAUUUUUUGAGAGCAUGGCAUUAAAAUGGAUUCAGUAUAAAGAUAUAUUCAAUUAUGGAUAAUUUGCACUCAGCUCUUUCAUGAUGAACUAAUGAAUUAUUGUUCUAUAGAUGAUGAUUUGCACCACUUUAAGGAGUAAAAACCAUUUCAGAUGUUAUAGUAAAUAUUUUUAAGAUCUAUUUUUGACUGAUUAGAGAAGACAGUACUGUCUGUGAGAGACAAGUGCCUUUAUGACACUGCUAACUUGCACCGUCAUAUGUAGAUAUAGGAACUGUUUACUGGCAGCUUGAUACAUUUGUAAUCUUUGCAAACUGGAUUUUUCACCUAUAUAUCGAAUUCUACUGUAGUAAUGUCUAGUUAACAUAAUAGGUGACAGUUGCCCUAUAGAGUCCUGAGAAUGAGUAUCUAAUUUGGGAAACACGGAUUCAACUUAAAAACUUAAAUACUGAUGUGGAGGUGGGGGACUUCGGGCAGGUCUUCUGUGCCUAUUGCUACAAGAAUAAUGUGUUUGUUCCAUAACAUACUAUGAGAUGUUGAUUGAAGGCUGCAUACCUUCAGAGUGUGAAUAGAUUUUAUCUGUGAUUGUACAGGUGAUUGCUUUGCAAAUCUACUUGCCAAAACCAACCUAAUUGAGUACAGUGCCUAAGGCACAAUUUGGCAAUGACAGAAUGUUUGUUGGARGAUUCUUCCUGCUCCUUCAGAGACACAAUGCCAUUGAAUUUAUCUCUCCUUUGCUAAAAAAAWAAAWAAAAAUUCCCCUAAUUAAAAUUCCAGUCUCUAUUUGAAUGUUAUGUGGCUAACACAGAAUAUUAAUCGUGUUAUACACCUGAAUUAUUUUACUCAUUUCAAGCUUUCUAAACGUUUGAAUUGCAACUUCUGAUUUGCACUUGUAUUUYUAGGAAAGAUAAGGAUUUGAUAGUGUAAUGAUAUUAAUUUUUCUUUAGUAUUACUGUUGGGUCUGCAGUGGUUACUUGUAGUUUGUUUAAACAAUUUAGUGUCUGUGUUCUUUGGAGGAUACAUGUAGUUUUAAAAAUGUUUGAGCCUCUUAUGUAAAAAUGAGUAAGUAUAGCUAUCAGAUCUGUUCKAUUCUAAAUAUGUCUUUUAGUUUUUCUGAAUGAAUUGUUAUGCCUGCAUCUCUAAGAAUGCAAAUGUGUAAGGUUAGUGUAAUUUGACUAACUGAGUAGAGUUCACUAGCAAGAUAGUAUGUGGAUAAAGCUUUUUUUCUUUGUUUUGUAGUCUGAUAAAUUGGCUAUUUAAAUUUUAUGGUAAAAUCCUUAUCUGGAGUGGGAUUAAUUCACAGUUUUUGCAUGAAUGAAAGUAAAAAAAAAAAUGUGCUAAAAAAAAAAAAAAAAAAAAAAAAAAAAGAAAAAAUGCACAGGUUUCUCAAAAAUUUGCUUUUAUGCUGAAGAAUGUAAUUUCUCUGGUUUUUUGUAUCCAAAGAUUGAGAGACACACAACUUUCCUUUCCAAUAUGGCAGGCUACGAUAAUCAACAAAAUGUAAAUGGACCAAAUGGGAAAAGCCUGCAUUUUAGUACUAUACUAAGAUAGAAUGACUUUCUGUGUGCUGUGUUAUGUACCUUAGAGCAAAAUAAUUGAGUGGCUAUUUGGGGGAGCGGUAAUCCUGCAUCAUGAUUCCUAUCUGUUCACUGAAUUKCUUUUUAAACUAGUUUUCUUUAGUUAUGUCAGUGUUUAUUUUUUGUUGUUUGCUACUCAGGGUGGUUUUUCUGCUAUACCGGUUUGGAGGAGAUUUUUGUUAAGUACAAUUCCUUCCUUUUUAAUUUACCAGAAAUCAUUGUCUGUGCUCCUGGUGGUGUAUCUGUCUUCAAUUAUUGCUGUGUAGGAGAUKAYAUUUGUAUACACAGAUCCMAGAUUAAAUAUUGCAGUGUUAUAUUCUUGAUUAUUAAUACAAAUACWUUACUGCUUUUACUAGGUAUUCAUUUGAAUGUUAUGCCCUGAUGCCUUUCUCUAUUUAUUUUUGAAUGUGAGUUACCAGAAUGUAAAUUAUUUUUGUCUUAGAGCAAGUGUUUUUAUUAAACGUACAGACAUAAAUCUCCCUUCUUUUUUUUUUCUCCCCUCCUUCUUUAAAAGUUUGCUUUUUCACUGCUGUAUUGAUUAAAAUAAAGCUCUUUGUGCAGAUA